GGGAAUGUGGCCAUGGCUGUAUCAACGCCAUUUUAGAAAUUGUGAGAUCUGUUCUUCGACAGAAAAUGGUGAAUAAAGCGUGUUCAACUGAAAAUUAUUAGCGUGAAAAGUCUUGUUCUACCUGUUUAUCUCUGUUUAUUUGGACAUUCGUGAUAUUUUACUUCGUUGAUGAAUUAAAUUCAAUCAGGUUACUGUUGGAUGCAUACUUUCGUGGCAUUGUGCCACUUCAGUAGUUCUUGAAAAGCAACUCAAGACCAGUAGCGAAUUAAAUCUGCCUGAUGAAAUCCCUCUUAAGGAGUGAAGUAUUCCAGGAAAGGAUUCUAUAAUCAACAUACCAUUUGUAAUAGACAUUACUUUGCGGCGACAACUGUGAAGGUGAUGCUGGUAAUUUGCUACAACGGAAUACAGAACAGAGUAAACACUACCUACAUAAACAACUAAACAAAAAGUAGUUUUUUGCUGAUGAAGAUUUACUGACAGUAUGAGCACCUUGGGGGGAUCUAGGGGAGAGCGUAAUGCCAAACCCAAAUUCGCAGCAUUAGACAUUAAUAAGCUGUACAUAACCAGCCGUGGAGAAUCGUUUGAGCCAUCGACACAAAAAAGUACUGCUCCUCGCAAGCAUGGCAUGCAAAGUUUGGGAAAGGUUCCCACGGCCCGUCGUCCACCAGCAAACCUUCCAUCUUUAAAAGCAGAAGUAGGAAAUCCCGGCGAACAGUCUGGCAGCUGGACUAACGAACUUAACGAAGGACAAUACGUCAGCCAGAGUCCAAAUCAUUCAACGGAAGAAGUCAACAAAAUACCAAAUUUAUCUAUUUCUAAAAAUUCGACUCAACGCCACACUUCGUCUCCUAAUAUUUCAAAACCGGGCGAAUUAUCAUGGAACACGAACGAGUUCCCUUCAUUGGACGGCACUGGUUCGUAUGGGGGGGGAACAACAAAAUCUCAACUAUUCCAAGAACAUUAUUCCGGAACUUCUCAAACCAAUCAUCAAGCCGACAUUCGUUCACAAUUGAAAGCACCUUGCGGCCAAGGAACCAGUAUUGCAACGGAGGAUUUAGAUGGUGGUGGAAACUUCCUAGGUGGUUUGAACAGUUGUCAGGUCACAGCGGGAUCGUCUCAAUCGUCUCCUCUGCCCCCCCAGUUCAGAGCUCUUUUGCCACCCUUUAUGCAACGAGGGAGCGAAAGCGUUUUGUUAGGAAACGAAAACGAAGGAGGCUCCUUGUCGCCAAUACCUUCACAAACUUCAAUUUUUUCUACGAUACCAGGAAUGUGCAACGAUUCCAAAAACAGCAGUACUGCCCAUAAUGUGACCACCAAUUACAAUACGGACAACAGAAAAAUGAACAGCAAUGGUGGCAACAACUGCAGCAGCAGCAGCCAUAAAUCCAACAAUAAUGGAGAAAAGAUUAGCAACGUUGCGGUGAAUACCGGAACAAAUGUAACUAUAAUAUCCAGUCAGUUUUCGAAGACACAAUCUUCAAGCUUAUCGACUCAUUCGCAGCAACAACAACUAAAUAACCGUAUUGGUGGAGGAAACUCUUAUUCUUCAAUUCCUUCAACCAGAAGCGGGCGUGUUGUUAGGGGAGGAAAUGGUGGGAGCAACAAUACAUCGAGUGAAGGAGGUAAUGACAAAACUGGUGGAAUCGCCUAUGAUAAUAGUUAUCAGAAUGCAAAUCGACGAGGGGGUUCCAAUCAUCUUCCGCGUUAUGCCAACCGUGGAACUUCAGGUGGUGGUGUUGGUAAUUAUAAUAAUACUAUCGGUAAUUUGCGUAGUAAUGGAGGGAAUGUGAUUGGUUCAGGUGAAGUUGGUAGCCCGAGCGGAUUCAAUGAUGAAAAUCGCAAUUCACAUCCACCAUAUGGAUCAAGUGUUUUAGCAGAGCAAGAAGUUGUAGUGCGACCUAUCAUACGAGAUGAAGAAUUGCAAAGAUUAGAAGCAAUUGCAAAGGACGAAGGAUGGGCUAAAGAUUCUGAAUUUGAUUAUAAUCAAAAAUUAGAAUUUUCUGAUGAUGAAUCAGAGUUAAAUCAAGUACCAACUGCUAUGAAAGUAAAGGAUAUGGCUACAGAUAUAAAUAUAAUAUCAGUUAAAGCAGAAAAGGAGCAGCAAGAACAUGAAAUAUUUGAUAAAUCUGAUCGUACUCUGGAUGUAAGUGUAGCGCAUAGAGAAAGAGAUCCAAAUCAAGACUCUAUGCAAAUAAAUUGUAGCAGCGGUGUGCGUAGUUUAGUUGGAGAAGGCAGUGCAAUCAAUGUAAACAUGACGGCAGGGGGAUUGGAUGCAGCAGAAGCAAAAGAGCGCUUAAAACAACGCCAGGAAGAGGACCUUAAACGUGAUAUUGAACGUAAACUGGCUGCCGCUAGAAAGUUACAGGAACUGGAAGAAAAGCUUAGCAGAAAAAACAGAGGAAUCAAUAGAUGCAAAAGCAGGCAAUAAUGAUAUUAGCAAAAGUGGUAAUAUUGCCUCGACUAUCAAUAUCUCUACAACGUUAGGAAACAAACUGG